AUGGGUCAACAUCACACCUCCAAUAAUUCUGAUGUAGCAACAAUUCAAAAUCCAGAAACAUCAACAUCAUCACUCGCUUCCAGUAGUCAGAAUUUGAUAGAACCAACACCACCUCUCACUCCCCGAAGUAGAAAACAAAGAGCAAUAUCAAAUUUAAAUUUAUCAACUGAAUCCCUGUCAAGUCAAACGUCAAAUUCAUCAACACAAAAUGUUAAAAUAUUAUUACUAGGACUUAAUGGAGCAGGAAAAUCAACAAUUAUUAAAAAGUUGAAGGAAUAUAUAACAGAAAAGAAUUCAUUACACGAUGAAAAUCUUGUAGAUCAUCUUGCUCUGAACAAAACUUUUAGAGAUAUUAUUCAUUUCCAUGCAUUGAAUGGAAUUAAACAAUUAAUUUUGGCAUCUGAAAAGCUUGACAUUUCCAUUCUACCAAGACACUCUGAACAAAAGAAUGAUAUUGAAUUUGCCAUCAGUUAUUUGAGUAAUUUACAUUUUCGUUAUGGAGAACAUGUGUUGACAAGUGAAGUUGCAAGAUUAAUGAAAUUAUUGUGGGAACAACGUGGAGCUAAGGAAAUUCAUUCGGAAUUUAUUGAAUAUAGAAAUCAACAAGCACAAUUGUUGCAACAGAAACAAUUGAACGAAGCUGUUUCUGAAAAUGCAACUGAAAAUCAUGAAAAUCAAGAAAAUCAUGAUGAAAAACAAAACGAAACUAGUACAAAUGAAACUAAUGCCAGUGCAACAACUGAAACUGCUAAUUUGAAUGAAACAGCAACUGAACCUUCAGCAGCUACUGUUGCCGAAACCGAAACAACUGAAACCAAUAAUGAAGUGAACGAAACUGUUGCCGAAACUCCACAAGUCAGAGUUGAUACUGAAGAAGAAGAUGUAAGAGCAGUUGCCAUCAAUGACAAACACUUCAACGCAGGUGAAAUCAAUUGCUUUACUCUCUAUAAGGAUUUGUAUAAUUUGGACUUUUUCAUGAGUAAUAUUGACAGAAUUUCAGAGUUUGACUACGUACCAACCGAUGAAGAUGUAAAAUAUUGUCAAACUCACUUGAAAGAAGAAAAGAAAGGUAUUGAAGAAAUUGAAUUUGACUUUAGUGGUUCUAAAUAUACAAUUUAUUGUGUGGAAGGUCAGAAUAAUGAUGGAAGAAAGUGGCUCUUCCUCUUCCAAGGUGUGGACAUUGUCUUAUUCUUGUGUCCAAUUGGUGAUUUUGAUGUCAUUCCAUCAUCACUCGAUAGAAAGAAUAUUGUUCGUGAGAGUUUGGACUUUUUCAGUAAAAUGUGUAAUAGUAAAUGGUUCAGAAAUACACCUGCCAUCCUACUCCUCUCCAAAUGGGAUUCAUUCCGUGAAAAGAUUACCAAUACUCCUCUAACUUUCUGUUUUGAAGAUUACGAUGGCGAUCAUCACAGUUAUCAACAUGCUCUCAAAUUUCUCAUUUCAAAAUUCAAUCAUGUGAGAGAUAAGGAAGGAAAAGGACUCAUCAAUACCAAUAUUUAUCAACAAUUUUCCACAAUGGACAUGACUCACGAAGAGUUGGCCAAUAAUUUGGGAGGAACCAUUAAGAAUAUUCGAAUUGAACAGAAAGAAAUGGAAAGAAAACAAAAGAGAGAAUCCACUCAUCGAUUAGCUGGCGAUCCAAACUCACCCAAUAUUAGCUCAGCAGGUAGUCACACCCAUUCCAAUUCAAGUGGUGAGGCCAUUUCACCAAAAAGUCCAGCUAGGUCAAAUAGUGUGAAUUCUUCGCCCUCUUCUGUCUCUACAUCAGGAACUGAAAAUAUCAAACACAAAUUAUUUGCAGGACUUUUACAAAAAUUAAAGAAAAAGUAAAAAUUAUUUACAAUCAU